AUGUUCAGAAAUAUCCUCAGACAAAUGUCAUCAUCUUCCCCAUCUACAGCAGGUCCCAUAGAAGCUUCGAUUCUGACAAAAUUGCAAUCCACAUUCCACCCUACAUUUCUCGAAAUCAAAAACGAUUCCCACAAACAUGCCAAACAUGCAGGAAUGCAAGGUGCGUCAAAUAGAACCGAAUCGCAUUUCUUCAUCAAGAUGCAAAGCGAAGUGUUUAAUGGGAAAAACUUGCCUGCUAGACACCGAUUGGUGUAUAACUUAUUAGAUGACGAAAUUAGUAAGCAGGGUGUGCAUGCAUUACAAAUGAAGUUGAAAGGAACCAAUGAGUCUAUACAGUAA